AUGAAUGGAGACUUCAAGGUGCUAGUUUUGUGCUCUCUUCUGUUCCACUUCAUACCAAGCUUCAACACCUUAAACACCAUUGCUCCAGGCCAAUCUGUCAAGGAUAAUGAGACUCUAGUUUCAACAAAUGGAACCUUUGAAGCUGGGUUCUUCAACUUUGGAGAUCCAAAUAGCCAAUACUUUGGUAUAUGGUACAAGGAUAUUUCUCCAAGAACUAUUGUAUGGAUAGCUAAUAGAGAUGCACCAGUUGAAAACUCCUCAGGAGUUUUGAAUGUCACUGAUGGUGGAAAUCUUGUUAUCCUUAGUGGCACAGGAUCUUUAGCUUGGUCCUCCAAUGCAUCAACAACUGAAAAGAAACCAGUUGUGCAACUAUUGGAGAAUGGGAACCUUGUUGUGAAAGAAGAAAGCAACCCAGGUAAUAUUGUGUGGCAAAGUUUUGAUCAUCCUGGGGACACUUUUCUCCCAGGGAUGAAAAUUCGAAGUAACAGGGAGAGUGGUAAUUUUACAUCUCUAACAUCUUGGAGAGACACACAAGAUCCUGGUAGUGGUGAGUAUUCAUAUCACAUAGAUACUCAUGGUUUUCCUCAAGUGGUGAUUACAAAGGGAGGGACAUGGUUGUAUAGAGCAGGUUCAUGGAAUGGAAAUAUUUUAUCUGGAAUUCCUUCUGAAACAUUGUUUAAAUACUUUAAUUUCUCUUUUGUGAUAACUGAUAAGGAAGUUUCUUAUGGAUAUGAACUCUUGAACCAAUCUAUUGUUUCAAGAUACAUGCUCACUUCAACAGGCCAAAUAGAACGUUUCAUUUUGUCAGAUCAGACAAACAAUUGGCAGAUUUUCCUAGCCGGCCCCGCAGACCGGUGUGAUAACUAUGCCAUUUGUGGUGCAAAUUCUAAUUGUGAUGUAAACAACUCUCCAACCUGUAAUUGCCUUCAGGGUUUCAUUCCCAAAUCUCAAGAAAAAUGGAAUUCACAACAGUGGUCUGAUGGAUGUGUUAGGAGAAUUGCUUUGGAUUGUGGCAAUAGUGAUGGUUUUCUGACGUAUCAGGGUGUGAAGUUGCCAGACACAUCAACUUCAUGGUUUGAUAAGAGCAUGGGCCUUGAGGAAUGUAAGAAUUUUUGUCUGAAAAACUGUUCUUGCACAGCAUAUGCAAAUUUAGAUAUCAGAAAUGGUGGAAGUGGCUGCUUACUUUGGUUUAAUAACAUUGUGGAUGUGAGAAAACUAACUUCUGGAGGACAAGACCUUUACAUAAGAGUGGCAGCUUCAGAACUAGGUCAUAACAAGGGCCAGAGCAAGAAGAAGCUUGCAGGAAUUCUGAUAGGCUGUAUUAUGUUCAUCAUGCUCAUAAUAAUACUGGGAGUGGUUAUACUUCGGAGGAAGAAAGUCAAGAAACAUGAGAAGCCAGGGAAGAACCAAAUAAUUGGCUGGAAGAAUCACACUGAUAACACAGAGAAGGAAGAAAUUGACAUACCAAUCUUUGAUCUAUCAACCAUAGCUAAUGCAACUAAUAACUUCUUCAUUAGAAACAAAUUGGGAGAAGGUGGAUUUGGACCAGUUUACAAGGGUACAUUGUCAAAUGGGCAAGAUAUAGCUGUGAAGAGGCUUUGCAAUAAUACAGGACAAGGACCAAAAGAGUUCAUAAAUGAAGUGAAUCUAAUUGCCAAUCUUCAGCAUAGAAAUCUUGUGAAACUUCUUGGUUGUUGCAUUCAAGAUGAUGAGAGAAUCUUGAUAUAUGAAUUCAUGACUAACAGAAGCUUGGACUACUUCAUUUUUGAUGAAACUAAAAAAAGUUUACUGCUUUGGCCUAAGCGCUUCCAAAUUAUAUGCGGGAUUGCUCGAGGACUUCUCUAUCUUCAUGAAGAUUCUAGAUUAAGGAUUAUCCACAGAGAUCUCAAGACCAGCAAUAUUCUUCUUGACAAAAAUAUGAAUCCAAAGAUAUCUGACUUUGGUCUUGCUAGAACAUUUGGGGGAGAUGAAGCUGAAGUAAAAACAAAGAGAGUAGUGGGAACUUAUGGUUAUAUUUCUCCAGAGUAUGCAGCUCGCGGGAAUUUCUCAGUGAAAUCUGAUGUCUUCAGUUUUGGUGUUAUAGCACUAGAGACAGUUAGUGGAAAGAAGAAUAAGGAAUAUUUUGAUCAUCAUAAUCUUGACCUUCUUGGACAUGCAUGGAUACUUUGGUGUGAAGAAAGGCCAUUGGAGCUGAUAGAUGAAUCACUGCGCAAAACAAUUGCUCUAGCUGAAGCUGAUGUAUUAAGAUGUAUUCACAUUGGGCUUUUAUGUGUACAAGAGAGACCAGAGGACAGGCCGGACAUGUCAGCUGUAAUUCUAAUGCUGAAUGGUGAGAAAAAAUUGCCCAGGCCAAGGGAACCUGCCUUUUAUCCUCACCAAUACUCUUCAUCAGGAAAUAUUAAACCGCAUUCAACUAAUGAAAUUUCUAUGUCAAUGUUUGAAGCAAUAUAG